AUGUGGUUUGAUUUUUGCAUUGAUGACACAGCUGUGACCACAAGAGAAAGAAUUGAGGAACUAUGUCAUAUAGUUUGCACAUUACUAACAUUCACUAAUUCAGAUGAAUGCGUUGAGCAUAUAAAACAGAUGAAAGGUAAAAAAAUCUUUUUAAUUAUUAAUGAUACGCGAAGUACAACAAUCCUUCAGCAAACACACUGGUUGCCACAAUUAAAGUCAAUUUAUAUUUUCUGUUCUAAUAAAGAAGAACAAGAACAAUUGUCAAAAGAUUAUAAAAAAGUACGAGUUAUUGAUACUCAAAUGGAAUCGAUUUAUCCACUGCUGAAGCAAGACAUGAUAAUAGCACAAGAAGAAGACAGUUUUCUUAAGAUAAAUAUUUUUCCUUCAUCAGCUUCAACAACAGCAAAUGAAUUAUUAGGUGGUGAUGUAAAGAAUAAACAAGAAAGCUCAUUUAUGUAUUUCCAAUUGUUAAGAGAAAUUCUACUUGAAAUAGACGAAACCGGUGAAAAUGCUAGGAAAGAAAUGAACAAAACUGGUAAAAAUGCUAGGAAAGAAAUGAAGAAAACUGGUAAAAAUGCUAGGAAAGAAAUGAACAAAACUAGUGAAAAUGCUAGGAAAGAAAUGAUUGAAUACUAUCGUCAAACAUUUGAUGGAGAUGACGAUAAACUUAAAUUCUUAGAUGAUUUUGAGACUGAAUAUCGUCCAGACCAAGCUGUAACAUGGUACACACGACAAAGUUUCCUUUACAGAACCUUAAAUCAUGCUCUUCGAGAACUAAAUGUCGAAGAUUUGUAUAAACUGCGUUUUUUUAUCAAAGAUCUACAUCAUCAAUUAUUAGAAUUAUAUUUGGAGGAGAGCAAAAAUUCUUUAAACAAAAUAGAUUUUCUUUAUCGCGGAACAGGUAUGUAUAAUAAAGACUUUCACGAUUUACAGAAAAAUUGUGGUGGCCUUUUAUCGUUCAAUAAUUUUCUAUCGACAAGUACGGAAGAAGAUGUAGCACUUGUCUUCGCGAAGGACAGCUUAGAAAAGAAGGACAUGACAGCAGUCCUCUUUGAGAUUGAAAUAGAUCCAAGCAUUCCUACUUGUCCAUUUGCUGAUAUUAGCAAAGUCAGUGAAUUCGCAGACGAAUCUGAAGUAUUAUUUUCGAUGGGUGCAGUAUUUCGAAUCGUUACGAUAAGUCUUACUGAUGGUGUGUAUAAAGUUAAGAUGAAAUUGACUGGAGAUGAAGACAAACAACUGAAAACAUUAACAGAAUAUAUUAAAAAAUAUUCUAUUGGAGAUGGUAAAUAUGGAUUAAUUAGUUUAGGGAAACUGAUGUAUCAGAUGGGUGAUUAUGACAAGGCCGAAGAUUUUUUUCGUUUAUUACUAGAGGAUAAAUCAUUGGUGAAUAAUGAUGUUCGUCGAUUGUCUGUAAUUUAUAACGAUCUUGGCGCAAUUUAUCAAGAAAAAGGUGAUUAUGAGAAUUCAUCAGUUUACCAUCGAAAAUGUCUUGAAAUCAAGGAACAUCAUAAACCACUAAAAUUAGAAAUCCCAUCAACCUUAUCCAAUAUUGGU